AGCAUUUGCACAGUAUAAAGACCAACUAACACCUGUUAAGAUUGAUGGUUCUAAUUUUCUUGCUUUGAUUACUGAUUACAAUGAUUUAGGAGGAGGACGUUUCUAUGAUCCUCGCAGCCAACAGUCUUUCAAAUAUGACCAUUUAAGAAAAGAAGCUUUUGAAUUUAAACUGUGGGAACCUGACAGAGCUACUGAAGUUUGGAGGAGAGCAGUGGAAGAAGCUUGUACAUUAUACACCCAGGAUCACUAUAGACAUGGCACAUGUUGUGUAUUUAGUAGUAGUCAAGAUCGAAACAUUACAAUAACUGCUUGUAUUGAAGAUCAUCAGUUUCAGCCAAAAAAUUUUUGGAAUGGACGCUGGCGUUCUAUAUGGUCUGUAACAUUCACUCCCGAUUCACCUACAGCUGAAUUAGAAGGAAUAGUUAAAGUUCAGGUUCAUUAUUAUGAAGAUGGGAAUGUGCAGCUGGUGAGUUCAAAAGAAGUGAAGGAAACUCUUUCAAUUACAACUGAACAACAGACUGCUAUUGAAUUCAUGCAGAUAGUAGAAGAAGCUGAAACAGAGUAUCAGAUGGCAAUAUCUGAAAAUUAUCAAACUAUGUCUGACACAACCUUUAAAGCUUUACGACGUUUAUUGCCUGUCACUCGGACCAAGAUUGAUUGGGCGAAAAUUCUUAGCUAUAAAAUUGGUACAGAACUUAAGCAUCAUUGACAUUAGUAUUCAACUUCUUGGAAGUCCACUGUUGAAAAAUUAUAUAAUAGAAUUUGUACAGUUGGAAAAUGUUCCUUUUAAAUAGUUUAAACAAGUUAAAAUCAUGUUUUGUAAUGUGUUAUAUAAAAUCAAUUCUAUAUGUUACAAAAUCAAUUGUAUAAUCAUUUUAUUUAAUCAUUGUGCCUAGAAUUGCUUAUUAAAUUAUAUAGGGAAAUCAAAGAUUUUUGUAUGGAUAUUUUAUGCUUUUGUACUCAUCAUUUAAUAACAUUUAUUUUGUUGAUUAGAUUUAUAUUUUCUUUUAAUUUUUCAAUAAACUUGAGCUUCUUGUUUAAUUUUGUAAAUUAUUUUGUGAUGUAUAUUAAAUUGCAAAAGGUC